CCAUCAAGAAGGUGAUCAAGAUGGCAAGUACAGCAAAGACAAAUGGCAGCUCAUAUGCUGCUGCAGAAGGCAGCAAUGGAACAAGCCACACCAUACAAUCACAUCCAAGACAUGCAUAUGCAAAAGCAAUUCUAGGCAAAGAAUUAUUCGGAAAGAUUGCAUCUUCACGUAUUUUAGUAGUUGGUGCAGGUGGAAUUGGAUGUGAAUUGCUGAAAAAUUUAGUCUUGGUAGGGUUUGGACAUGUGGAAGUGAUUGAUUUGGAUACGAUCGAUCUUUCGAAUCUCAACCGACAAUUCUUAUUCCAAAAAGUACACAUCGGAAAACCUAAAUCUUUGGUUGCUGCCGGUACCGCUCUACAAUUCAACCCUUUGAUCGACAUCAAACCUCAUCAUUCGAACGUAAAGGAUACAAGUCAAUUUGGCUGGGAAUACUUUGAGCAAUUUGAUGUGGUCUGUAAUGCUUUGGAUAACCUGGACGCACGAAGAUGGGUGAACAAGAUGUGCAUCAUGACUGGAGUGCCAUUGGUGGAAAGUGGUACGACAGGAUUCUUGGGACAAGUACAACCGAUCGCAAGAGGAACAAGUGAAUGCUAUGAUUGCGUGACAAAGCCCACACCAAAGACUUACCCUGUCUGCACGAUUCGAAGUACACCUUCAACGCCUAUUCAUUGCAUCGUUUGGGCAAAAACAUACCUAUUCCCACAAUUGUUUGGCGCUGAAGAGGAAAGCGAAGAUGCUGAAUUGGACAAAGCUUUACAGGAUGGGGAAAACGCUGAUGAAGUCGCCAACCUGCGUAGAGAAGCAAGGGAAAUGCGAGCUUUACGUGAUAGUAUCUUCCAAACGAUCAACACAGCUGAACAAGAAGAGGACGAUCUAAGCAAAAGAGUGUUCAACAAGGUCUUCAAGGCCGAUGUAGAACGAUUGCUGAGCAUGGAAGAUAUGUGGCGUAAACGAACAAAACCUGUGCCGCUUGACUUCGACGCGGCAAGUCAGCAGGUGAUCAAUGGCGAUGCUGCAUCACAAAAUGGAAAUGGGGCUGCAGCUCCUCCUUCCUUGCGCGAUCAAAGGGUUUUGUCACUGCAAGAAACUGUUGGGCUAUUCGAUCAAAGCUUGAAUCGAUUGGCCAAGCGUGCAAGAGAUUUGGAUUCGCUCAAAAAAGAAAGCUUAUCUUUUGACAAAGAUGAUAUCGAUGCUAUGGACUUCGUUACCGCCACAGCAAAUUUGCGUAGUCGAAUUUAUCACAUCGCUCCACAAUCACGCUUUCAAGUGAAAGAGAUGGCUGGAAACAUUAUCCCUGCGAUUGCAUCUACGAAUGCAAUCAUUGCCGGGGCACAAGUCCUGCAAACGUUGCAUGCUUUACGCAGAAAGUGGAGCGAUGCCCGAUUCGUUUCUCUGAACCGUACAAAUGCGUCCAGACUGAUAAGCAGUACUCCUUUGGAGAAGCCCAAUGCAGGAUGUGGUGUAUGUCAAGAUGACUAUGUACGAGCAAAGGUGGAUAUCGAUCGAACCACAUUGGCGGAUGUGAAGGAAGCAGUUUUGCAAUCACGCGAAGAAGGCGGUUUAGGAUUUGAAGUAGAAGGUAUGGAAUUAUACGAAGGAGCACGUUUGUUGGCCGAUGAAGACUUUGAUGAUAAUUUGCCAAGAACGCUUGCAAGUUUGGGCAUCACGCUUGGUAUGAUGAUCACAUGUGCAGAUGAAAAUGGUAUAAAGGCAAAUGUGAACAUUUACAUGUCUGCACGAUCUAGCGGCGAUGCUGAAAAGGUAGACUUUGGCGAUGUGAACAAAUUGCCAGUCUUACGGGCUAAGCCAACACUCAAAAGACCUCAUCCAGAUUCGGAUGAUUCAGAUGAUGUCGUGGAAGAAGUACAGGCGCCUGAAGGUUCGAGUUCCGCACCAAAACGCAAGAGAGAAGAUGAAGAAGCAUCUGCCGAACAAAAGAAAGUUCAUGCUAAUGGCGAUUCAAAUAAACGGGCAAAAGUAACACCACACACCGGGGCUAGAGAAGAAGAAGCUAUCGAGCUAGACUGAGACAUAAUAGAAUUACUUGAUUGUACAUUUCCGAAAUCUUUCUACUUCAUACACAUUAUUGUACAAAACUUCAUCUGUUGUAACCGAUCAUUUCAAUUCAUCUUUGAGAACUUCUUUG